AUGGGGGGCAUGGCAAGGUUGGUGCUCGUGGCCGUUCUCUUCCCAUCUCAGACAGAUGCAUCGUGCCUGUCAGCGGCCAUUAACAUCAGCGAGCGGAAGUACUUGACGAAUGUCAAUGGCGAGUCCUACCCCAUUGGCAUGUGGAUCGGUGACUGGGAUGCGUCCUUCAUGACAACCCACCUGCUGAAGAUCAUCAUAGAGGAACGAAUGGGCUUCCACGCUGAGGCCACAGGUCCUGGUCCUGACACUUUGAGUUGCUUCUACGCGCUACUUGGUUGUAAGGCGCCUGGCAACAGCAGCGACAGGGGAUGUGGUCAACCAGUGACCUACAACCACAUCAAUCUCGAGGCAUGGUCGGAAAGCUAUCUGAAUGAGUGGAAGCUCAUCCAAAGUCGGUACGCCUCCAUGGCUCCUGUGGACGUGGGAAGCAUGGGUUACGAUGGCACCGCUUCAUUUUUCAUCCGGCAGACGGUGCAGAGCCAUGCUUACCACGAGGAUGGCACUGUCCUGGACUUCUACCGAGGAUGGAAUACGUCGUGGAGCCAGCCGUCGAAGUACUUCGAUGACCUAGCUUCUAUAGACCGUGACUUGAUGGUGCCUUGUGCACAAACUCGCUUCAUGGUGGCAGAGGCGAACCAGAACUAUCUGCGAAUCACAGGUGACGAUGCGGGUGUCGAGAUGCUCCCGGAUGGCACGCUUGCCGCCGUUUGUCCAGACGACUACUUCUGGCUCUCUCCGAGCUGCCGGGAAGAUUCGACUCGCUGCGUGCCCUACGUUACUGGUGGCUCGGGUUGGCAUCAUGAUGAUCUGAUGCAAAAGGUCACCAGCUAUGAUAUGCCUGUUGCCAUUGGGGUUGCAAGAUCAUGGUCGACACUACCUCGAGAGGUCAAUGUGUUCUUUUACUGGUGGGUUCCAGAUACUACGUUUUUGGAUCUUGAUCCAGUCGAGAUCGUUUUUCCUCCAUAUGACUUCCGUGCAUACACCAGUGGUGACAAGCGCACUGUAGCUGCAUCGACCGCAAUUACCAAGAUCGUGAGCCAAGACUUGGUCACCUUAGCGCCCUCGGUGGAAGACCUCGUGCGGAACUUGCGACUGGGCCGUAACGAUGUCAUGAACAUGCUGAGGGACAUGCAAGACACCGGGGACUCCUAUGAUUGGCUGCCGGACCGCACAAAGUGCUCCCCCGGCUUCGGUCUCUACGACACGGCGCAAGACUGUGGCUGCCCGACGGGCUAUAUCGAUGCUUCAAGUAGCACGGCGAACCUGAGCUGCAUCGAGUGCGGGGAAGGCUUGGACUGCCCAGCGCUCGCCACGCUACAGGGCCUUCGGUCCGGCAGCUCGAAGAUUGGCCCAGAGUUUGUGGCGAGCAUCCUUCCCGGGUUCUACAGCAGCAUGGCGGAGCCGCUGGAGCUGUAUCGCUGCGUCGAGGCUGCUGCAGGCACCCGCUGUCCGGGUGGCAUCCCUGCAACCUGUACGGGACUACUGAGCAACACGGCCUGCACCGAUUGCCCCAGCGGAAAGCACUGGGACAGGUCUGGGGGACAGUGCGAGGAGUGCACGCCCUGGCAGCAACUAGGCUGGAUCCUCGCAGUCGCGGUGAUGUUGUCUGGCCUGGUCAUGGUCUACUACAUGAUGACUGCUCAACAAACGGCCAAGGCCUCCGUGCUUUUUACAACGACGUGUGCAUUCGGCAUGACCAUCUCGUCGCUACAAUCCGUCGGCAUCAUUGGGACGAUGACCGUUCGAGUCCCCGAAGGUUUGAAAGCCAUCUAUGCAUUUCUUCAGGUCUUUCUGCUGGACUUCGACAACUUUGCUUUCAGCUGCGUCGCAGGUGGUUCUGCCCGUGCUCGUUACAUCGUGUCGGUUCUUGUCUUCCCGGGUGCUGCAUGCUGGCUCGUGUGCUGCCACUACGCUUCCAGGCUCUUGCCCAAGAAGCUGCAAUGGGAAGGCAGCAAGACGAAGAGCACCACAGGGGCCUUGCUUCAGCUUGCAUUCAGCACGAUGAGUACCAUUUCCAUGGCACCGAUGAUGUGCUUCAGUCACCCGAAUGGCGUCUUCAGCCUCUUGAAGUACCCCAGCAUCACUUGUGGCACGGAGGAUCACACCGUCAUGCUAAUCUUCGGCGUGUUGCUUCUCCUGCUGGGCGUCAUGGGCUUCCUGGCAGUAUGCACCUAUGCCGUGAUCGUCGUGCCGAGCUGGAGCAGGAACGGGCUACAUGCAAAUGUGAAAGCCUUCAGAUUCCUUCUUUUCCGCUUUCGGCUGGACUCCUGGUGGUUUGGAUUGCUGUUGCUGCUACGGGGUCCGAUGAUGUCGCUCCCUAUCGCGCUGGCGACGGACUAUCCACCUGUCCAGGUCAUGUCUGUUAUGCUCGUGUUUUUGGUCAUACUAAUCAUCCAGGCGAAUGCCUGGCCAUGGAAGGUGCCGCUUCUGAACGUGCUGGAUUGCUUCAUUGGCUUCUGCAUUACAAUGCUUGUGGCUUCGACUUCAUUGUACUUGGGCGGCCUCGAGGGUAGCAUGAAGGACUUCGCCGAUGGAGUGGGUUCGGUGAUCAUGGGCAUGAUGGGAGCAGCCGUAACCCUGCUUUUCGUCAUGACCGUCACUGCCUUGACUUUCCGGGCGGCGCUUGGCGGGCAGCAGGAGCUCAUCGCUUUCAACCUCCAGAGGACGCCGGCGCCCACCCUCGUUGCGGAAACCGUGCAGUCCAUGUCAGCCCAGCUCGCAAAGAUGGAUCGGGCAGGACUGGUGAAGGCGUUGUCGGCGAUGGGAGUUUACGACAGCAAUUUGCUGCUGGCAUCAGUGUCUUUGCUCGGCACAGAGAUCGUCCCGUCCGAUGCCGAUCAGAUGGCAAAGAGGUACUGCUUCCGGAUCAAGUCCGCUUCCUUCGCGCCGCCGGCGCCACCCCAGAGUCCUUCCCCUGCCAAGAACAUGCCGGCCAGCAAAGCAACAGAGACGUCUAAGGAGGCAGAGUUUGACCAAAGUCCCAGCGAGGGCGACCUGUCUCCAACCAACGCCCGGGCAGCCGAAGAGCCAGGUCUGGCCAACGCAGCAAAACCUGGUGGAGUUUUGGGUUCAAGAUUGGGUCCUUCAUUGGGCGAGGAGGCGCAGCAGGCGUACAUCUAA